GCUCCGUCCUCCUCGCCAGCAGGUGACCCUAAGAAGGGCUCUUCUGCGCCUUCGCCGCGUCGCUGCCUGGCGCCGGGUGCUGCUCUUUGGAGGCGUCAGAGUCGAGGAGGGGGCGAGAGAGAGAAAGAGACGCCUCCUCCCUUGGCAAGUAGGGCUGUGGAGGAGCCGAGGGGGCGAGGAAGGGGGAGAGGAAAGCCCCCCUCGGUCACCUUUUCCCAAGCCAGCAUGGUGGCUAGUAUGGUCCUCCGCGUUGCCUUGAGUCUGGUGGGCUGGCUCUCCCUCUAUACCUGGUCUUACCAACGGCACAAGGACCGCACCUGCGAAUGGAGCUGCCGACUGGUCACUCUGACUCACGGGGUCCUUGCCACUUGCCUCUCUGGCUACAUCGGCUUCAUUGAUGGACCUUGGCCAAUGUCUUAUCCAGGGUUUCCAAACACAACCCUGCAGGUCCAUGCGUUGUGCAUCAGUUUGGGCUACUUCCUCUUUGACCUCGGUUGGUGUGUCUACUUCAAGGCAGAAGGUGUCUUGAUGUUGGCCCAUCAUACUGUCAGCAUCCUAGGAAUCACGGUGUCUCUUGCCCUGGGAGAAUCCGCUGCAGAAGUCAAUGGUGUCAUCUUCGGUAGUGAGAUCACCAACCCACUCCUGCAGGCCCGCUGGUUCCUCCGGCAAGUGGGCCUCUACCACACACUCAUUGGGGAUAUUGUGGACUUCUUUUUUGUGGUGCUCUUUGCAGGGGUCAGGAUUGGAGUCGGGGCUUGGCUGAUGUACUGCGUGUUGACCUCCCCAAAACCCAAGUGGUUCAUCAAGGCUGGAGGCGUGAUCAUGUAUGCCGUGUCUUGUGUUUUUAUGGUCAGCAUCUGCCAAUUUGUGCGGAGAAAAAGCAUAAAGAAGUACCAUUCCUGGAGGAGAUGGUGGAACAAAGAAAUGAACCUGAGUACCAAUGGAUACCUGAAGGACCAUUGACCCCAACCCAGCCCUAGUCUGUCUUGAUGAUCUGGCAUUAGAAGUUACCCAGGGCUGUCCCAUGAGGCAGCGUUUGAGAGAAGAACCGUAUUGGGAUGAAGAUCGAGUUUUACUGGGCUGCUGGAUUCUAAGUGGAGAGACCCGUGUUCAAAUCUGUGAUGUUCACCAUAAGCUAGCCAUAUUCUCCUAGCAUAACCUACCUCACAGGGUUGUUGUGAGGACAAAAUGAGAUACCUCCCACUAAUGUAGGACUGAGAUAUUUGGAAGAAGUGUAGGACACAAAUGCAAUGGGUAGACGGGCACAAAUCCUGUUCCUUUUCUAACACCAGGAAUGUUUACACUGUGGGAACAUUUAUGGGCAUGUGCUAUAGGCCAAGCACAUGCAAUAUGAUGAAAAAUGUAGUUUACAAAAUGACACAUGUAUGGUCAGACUCUUUCUUUGGAGGCUUUUAAAUAGAUGCUGGAUGGCCAUCUGUUGGGGGUGCUUUGAUUGUGCUUUUCCUUCAUGGCAGAGGGCUGGACUAAGUGUCCCAUGUGGUCUCUUCCAACUCUAUUAUUCUUUUAAAUAGUUUGCCAUUUCCUCCUCCAGCACUGCCAUGACCUUAAGAGGAGUCAACAAGCAGCAAAAGUAUAUGUUAGCAGUCCAACUCACUCCCAGUGUUCUGUCCCAACACUGGGAGUUCACAAUACUUUCAAAGAGGAAUGGAAGCAUUUCAGGAAGUUGUGCUGGUUACAUUCCAGUCAUUACAUUCCAGUCACCUGCAAGUUUUCCCAAAGCUAUGCAAAGAUAGAGGUGAUGAUGAUGAGAUAUCUUAUUUGAUUUGUGCCAUAUGAUAAAAAUAUCAUCACCAUUAUAAUACAGUACAAACAAAAUAAUACAAGAGUUAUCCGGAAAGUAAGGUUACAAGAUUUUAUUAAAAUACAAAGAAUGAAUAUGUUUUAAUAAAGCUUACAUUGAUUGUAGCAAAGUUAUUACAAUAUUUUCCCACAUAAUCACCAUUGAGUUCAAUACAUUUUGUCAUCUGUGGGAUGAGUUUUUGAUGCCUGUAUCUUCAAAGUUUCCCUCUACCUUUUUCAGUCAGUUCAUCACUUCGAUUUUCACAUUGUUGUUGUUGGAAAAGUGUUUUCCACCCAGGUGUUCCUUCAAUUUAGUGAACAGGUGAUAGUCACUGGGUGUGAGAUUGGGGCUGUGAGUGGGGUGGCUUAAGUCAACAACUCUUGUGUUACAUGAGCGGUGUGUGGACGUGCAUUGUCAUGAGACAGACUCCCACCGUCAGCAUCCCAUGACAGCUUUUGGAUGACUCUGCAAAGUUUCUUCAUGGUCUCACAAUAUAUUCCAUGUCCAUUUUGUUGCAUGCUGUCUUGACAUUUUGUCCACUCCAUAAACUGAAAUGAUUUCGUGAUGAAUCGCAGCAGCUUUCAUACCCUUAGCAUUUAAGUAUUACAGCACGAACUUCGCACUUGGAGGGAAACAGAAUGAGAACACUCAUCUCUAAUCUUCACCACAAUGCCAGUCGAUGAACUAUUGAUGACUGACACUGCUUGUCCACUUCCGCUGUCUUCCCACUACACAGCAUUCCUAUCAAAUUUCCCCAAGAAAAUUCCCCACAAAAGCUACAUGCCUUGUCACCUUCCGUUCCAGAUAACCCUCAUACAGCAUGAAGUUGGCACUUGGGUGGAAAUGGAAUGAGGAUGCUCAUCUCUAACCUUCACCACAAUGCCAAUCGAUGAGCUACUGACGAGUGGCACUGCUCGUUCGCUUCCGCUGUCUUCCCACUACACUGC